UCUCCGGCUCUCCGCAGAGAAGCUAGCUAUCAGAGAAUUUGCCUGCCAAGACAAAUCAAGGAAUCACUCUUGCUCAGAGAAUUCUUGGGAUUAUUUAGGGAUCGAUCGCUGCUCCUCGGAAUCAGUAAGGAAAACGCUCAGAAAGCGGGAUGGGAAACCGCUGGGGACCGCAGGGCCAGGCUGGGCGGAGGCGAAUGCCCUUUCUCCUCCUGUUGCCUUUGUUCUGCCCGGCGCUCGCCGAGCAUAUCCGCUACACGAUUCCCGAGGAGGUGGCCAGGGGCUCGCUGGUGGGGAACCUCGCCAAGGAUCUGGGGCUUGGUGUGCGAGAUUUGCCUACUCAGAACCUGCGGAUUAGUGCCAAGAAGAAAUUCUUUACAGUGAACACCGAGAACGGGGACUUACUUGUGGGCGACCGUAUAGACCGAGAGCAGAUUUGUGGCAAGAAGUCAACCUGCGUUCUGGAAUUCGAAAUGGUUGCUGAAAAGCCUUUGAACUUUUUUCAUAUAGCCGUGGUGAUUCAGGAUGUCAACGACAACCCACCGACCUUCAGCCAAAAUAUCACUGAACUGGAAAUCAGUGAACUGGCCCUAACUGGAGCCACCUUUGCCUUGGAAUCCGCACAAGACUCUGAUGUAGGGGUCAAUUCCCUGCAGCAGUACUACCUCAGCCCCAACCCACACUUCUCUUUGACCCAGAAAGAGAACCCUGAUGGCACUACGUACCCAGAACUGGUACUGAAGGCUCCCCUGGACAGGGAAGAGCAGUCUUACCACCACCUGGUCCUCACUGCUGUGGAUGGGGGUGAGCCUGCCAGAAGUUGCACUACCCAGAUCAGGGUGAUUGUAGCAGAUGCAAAUGAUAACCCCCCAGUGUUCACCCAGGACACCUACAGGGUCAGUGUUCCAGAGAACCUGCCAGUUGGCUCCUCUGUGCUAAGAGUGAUGGCCACUGACUUAGAUGAAGGCAUCAAUGCCGAAAUCACCUACACUUUUAUCAACAUUGGUAAGGCAGUGAGACAGCUGUUCAAGCUGAACAGUCAAACAGGGGAAGUCUCCACUGGUGGAAGACUGGACUUUGAAGAGAGAGAGCGCUAUACAAUUGGGGUAGAAGCAAAGGAUGGUGGACGUCACACAGCACAUUGUAAAAUACAGAUAGAUAUUUUGGAUGAAAAUGAUAAUGCUCCUGAGAUAACCUUGGAUGCUGAAUCUAAACAUAUACAAGAAGAUGUAGAGCUGGGGACUGUUGUUGCCCUGAUAAAAACACAUGAUCUGGAUUCUGGCUUUAAUGGGGAAAUCCUAUGCCAACUACAUGGAAACUCACCAUUUAAAAUAGUUCAAGAUACAAAAAAUACAUACAAGUUGGUGACAGAUGGAGCCCUAGAUCGAGAGCAGACUACGGAAUACAACAUCACCAUCACAGCCACCGACAAGGGCAAACCUCCCCUCUCCUCCAAAACAAGUGUCACCUUAAACAUCGAUGAUGUCAACGACAAUGCUCCUGUUUUCCACCAGGCCUCUUAUCUGGUCCGCGUGGCAGAAAAUAACCCACCGGGUGCCUCCAUAGCGCAGGUCAGCGCCUCUGACCCCGACCUGGGACUCAACAGCCAGAUCACCUACUCCAUCGUGGCCAGCGACCUGGAGCCACGGGCGCUGUCGUCCUACGUGUCCGUGAGCGCGCAGAGCGGGGUGGUGUUCGCGCAGCGCGCCUUCGACCACGAGCAGCUGCGCGCCUUUGAGCUGACGCUGCAGCCGGGCUACCUGGUCACCAAGGUGGUGGCGGUGGACGCGGACUCGGGACACAAUGCCUGGCUGUCCUACCACGUGCUGCAGGCCAGCGAGCCCGGACUGUUCAGCCUGGGGCUGCGAACCGGCGAGGUGCGCACGGCCAGAGCUUUGGGAGACAGGGACGCGGCCCGCCAGCGCCUUCUGGUGGCCACCUAG